GCACCUAAUGUGGUCAACUGUAAGGCUAUACGUAAGCACGCGUCAUCUUCCAACAUGGCAGCGCAGGUAGAGCUGUCGUGUUUGGAAACAUUUCCAGCACACUUAAACCCUCUAGACGUCCUUGUUUUCAAGUCACAAUUAAGGUACGUUUUUCCAAAUUGCACCGAACCCACAUCAACCAUUUUCUUUUCAUCUCAGAAGCUUCAGUCACUGGGGAAGUCAGGCAUUUUGCUCUGCGCGCACGCAACAACCGAUGAAGAGACGCCAGGCUGUGGUGCUGAUGUCAACAACAAAACGUUACAACUUUAUACAAGUAAACAGUUUUUCAAACAUCAUGGACUUCAACUAAAUACACGAGGAGCCAUACGACUGCUGUCGCCACUGGCUUUAAGUAAAGUUGUUAUUGGCGCACGAACCAGACAGUGCUUCAAAUGGGCAACGUCUGACAAAUUCUCCAAUGGACUCCUCGUUUUAGCCUCAUGCCAGGGACAGAGGCUUUUGGCACGGGAAGGCGACUCACUUGUAUUGCCUUAUCAUCCACUGCUUGGUGACGACAUAUCUCAAGUGCAACAACAUAUGUUGGAUUUAGUCGUAUUGGAGUGCACACCUGUUAUGCAGGGGAUGAUUACAACCAAAACGAGUGUGGUUUUGACCGAUUGCAGGGACUUGGAAACCCCUUGCAAUAAUGUGACCAGUGGAACUGUGACGUCAUUAUUCGUGUCAGAUUUUGCACACUAUGCUAAUAGUCUUAGCAGUGGCAGUUCACUUCUCGACAAUAAGCUGCUACUGAAUUCAAAUUUCUCAGCGUUCUUACAAGCCCUUGAAUGUAGGUUGGAUGUCAAGGUGGCUGAUAGUUCUCAUCUGUAUUGUCAAGGGAGAAGUCAACUCGGAGUGCACGAAGCUAAAGUUGAUAUUGACAAUGCCGUUUUUGUCAGUAAACAGUUACUUCUCAAACUGGGGUUGUUUAACCUUGAAUGGGUGAUGGUAUCGACGUUAGGUUGUCCAUCAGAGAAAACAUCAUCCAGGCUUUCAUAUCCAGGACCGGUUGAAGAUCAGAUGCUGGUCAGAGACCCCAAACGAGCCCAUUUGUCCGUGGUUUGUGUGUCAGAGUUUGGCAAGCAUCUGGAGUUGGACCUGCAAGACAGUGUUGGUUUUAUAACUCCAACUCACUGGUUUAACUUGUCAAAUGGAGAUCCAAUUCCAAUUGGCUGCAAAACGGUGAAGAUAAAGAGAUGGAAUAGUGCCUUUCCUCGGUCAGGACCACAGUGUUCAGAGAGCCUCUCUCGAUCAACGUCACCAGCAUUUGUCAAAGAACUCCACAUCAAGGCUGUCAUCUCACCAGAGUACAACUCCCACGGCCCCUUUGACAGUUUAUUGUGUGAGCACUUCACCAUACCAAGACUAGUGCGUCAAGGAGAUAUAUUGGCUAUCCCAUCCAAGGGACACCCCAACAUUUUGGAGAGCAAUUCCGAGGGAAUCACAAGGUGGCCAGUUGUUCACUUUAAAGUGAAGGUUUGUGGUUCUACUGAGAAUGAGGAUGAAGAGAAUGGGCAUUAUCUGGCAGACACCACUCACACAUCUCUGUACAUGGGAGGCGCCACCAACAGCUUGGCUCCUUGGUCUUUAGUGGGUGAGGGACCAUCCCUAUGGACUAGCUUGGCUCCACCAGGGCUUUCCACCACUGUGGACAAACUGACCACCAUCAUCCAGCCCCAUAUUCAUGAAAGCUGUAGUGCUCUGGCAAGUGGAUGCUCCAUCCUCCUCCAAGGACACAGUGGCAGUGGCAAAGUCACAGCAGUGAAGGCGACGUGCCGUAAACUUCACCUCCACUUGGUUAAGGUGGACUGCGUGACAGUCUGUGCAGACACAGCGGCCGCCUGCGAGGCAAAGAUGAGGGCUGCGUUCCAGAGAUCCGAGGCCCACCAGCCCUGUGUGCUGCUCCUCAGGAACCUGCAGCUGUUGGGCCAGCCCAAGGAUGGCUCAGAGGAGAACGCCAGGGUUCUGGCUUCUUUCCGCCAGCUCAUAACCAGCAUGCCUCCCAGCGUGGCGGUCAUUGCUGCGGUCAGCAAACCCAAGGAGCUGUCGGCAGAUGUUACGGCAGGGUUUGUCCACCAAGUGGCGAUGGAGAUCCCCAGUGAGGAGCAGCGAAGGGCCAUGUUGGCAAGCCUCACAGAGGGCUUGCCCCUGGGGAAGGACAUCAGUCUAGCCCGCCUUGCCAAGCACACUGCAGGUUUCUUUCUGGGGGAUCUCGUUGCGCUACUCAAUCAGGCUGUUAAAGCUGCCUUUAAAAGGCUGCUCACUUCCUGUUUCCCGAAGGGCGCCAGAGUGGAGGAUGAGGAGGACCUGUGUGCGUGCGGAGUAACUAUCUUGUCCCAGGAUUUCACCAGGGCCCUGGAGACCCUCCAAGAUGCUCAUUCCCUGGCCAUAGGCGCUCCCAAGAUCCCCAGCGUACGAUGGCAGGACGUGGGCGGUCUCCAGCAGGUGAAGAGGGAGAUCCUGGACACGGUGCAGCUGCCCCUGGAGAGACCCGAGCUGUUGUCGCUCGGCCUGCGCCGCUCUGGCCUGCUCCUCUAUGGGCCCCCCGGCACCGGCAAGACCCUGCUGGCCAAGGCUGUGGCCACCGAGUGUUCCAUGACCUUCCUGAGUGUCAAGGGCCCAGAGCUCAUCAACAUGUACGUGGGUCAAAGUGAGGAGAACGUGAGAGAGGUGUUUGCCAAAGCUCGUGCAGCCGCCCCCUGCAUCAUCUUCUUCGAUGAGCUUGACUCGCUAGCGCCCAACAGAGGGCGCAGCGGGGACUCAGGCGGGGUCAUGGACAGGGUUGUUUCCCAGCUCCUUGCUGAGCUUGAUGGCCUUCACUCCUCUGGGGACGUGUUUGUGAUUGGCGCAACCAACAGGCCGGACCUGCUUGACCAGUCGCUGCUCAGACCUGGCAGGUUUGAUAAAUUGGUCUAUGUUGGAAUCAAUGAAGACAAAGACUCUCAGCUCCAGGUUCUAAAGGCAAUUGUCAGAAAAUUCAAGAUUGACCCCAGUGUGAGUCUUCAGGACAUCGUGGAGCGAUGUCCACCUCAGCUCACCGGAGCUGACAUGUACGCCCUCUGCUCGGACGCCAUGAUGUCAGCCAUCAAGAGGAAGAUAGCUCUCAUCUCUGACGGUCUGGACACAGAUGAUUCACCUCUUAUCCUCUCUGUAGAUGACUUUAAUCAUGCUUUGAAAAGCCUCAAACCAUCAGUCUCUGACCAAGAGCUUCUCAAAUACAAACACAUUCAGCAGAAACUCACUGCAAAAUAACCAAGCCACCUCAAAGACUAGUGUUGCCCUAUAUGUUGGUUAAUCUGUGCUCCAUCUGCGGUACAGUACUCCAAACCUUCUACUUAAGAACGGGGGGGGGGGGGG